AUGUCGGAUGAUACACAUAACGAAAUGAAAAGUGAAGCUCAUGCUCAUUCGGCCACCUCCGUAUCGCAGGAGGCCAAAGAUAGCAGUAGCUUGAACGGUGACAAGGCGACCGUAAGUACGCCAAAUGACAAACUCAAAGACCGUAAAGUGGGAAGCUCGCCUUCAAAGAAUACAAAGAAUUUGGAAAUAGCAACACGAGGUCAUCACGUACUUGACCAGCCCACAGGCGAGAACCCACCACCAAAUAAAGCCAAGAAAGCAGCUGGUGAUGGAAAAGUCCAUGAGACAGGCGCAAUGUCAACUGAAGCACGCUCGUCACAGAUAUCUUCGGCAAGUGGGCCUCACAGGAUAGGAUCGAGCCAGAGCACACUAUCAAGUGGAAGCACAACUCCAUCGAGGCCGUCUCAUGCAUUACAACCAAACUCACAACUCAGCCGAAGUACCAUCAACAACAUUAACAAGACUUUGAAGGCUAAGCAAAAGAUUAUACAUGCAACGGAGCCACACCUGAAAAGCACUACACUCAACUCAAACAAGGGAGUCAAAUCUCCACAGUCAUCGGUGUUUCCAACAAUUUCGCCUGGGCCAAGUAAGAUUGACUUGGAGCUGUCGACACAAUCGAUUCCCACUUUAAUGAAGAAUAAUGGCAUCACUUCCCCCACAUUGAAUCACAAACCUGGGACUAAAUCAACAAAUGAUGAGAAUGCCAAGCACGAAUUGGCUCGACUACCUCAGCCAUCGCUAAUGUCUCUCCCCCAGUCACACGCAGAGGGCCAGUCAAGACAACAGUCCCAACCGGUACUAUCGUCAGCUAACUUUACAUUGCAUCCCAACGUAUCCAAUUUAAACACUUCUUCGUCAGCAAACUUGAACGAAAGGGACUCAGCAAAUAAGCAAGCAAAGCAGAAGAAGAUAGCUAAGCAGAGCUCCACCAAGACUGAUUUUUUUGCCGCAAAACUUGCAAGUGCAGUGGAUGACGUCGAGAGCAGUGAUAGUGACGAAACUUUUGUUUACGAAAACAAUGACGACACGUUUGACACCACUAAUAAUGCAAAUCAGUUGAACCCCGCAGAUGGGGUUAGUACCAAUGGGAGUGUGAGUGGAGGCUACGCGUCUCAUCCUGGUGCGAAACGACCCCCUUCUGUUUUAGAAGCUGACCAACUCAACGAUUCAAAACCUCACAGGUUGAUGUCAAGCAAGGCUCCAUCCAUUGCAAAUUCCAUGAAUAGUCAAGUGCAUUUGGAUGGCCAUGGGCUUAGAAGACCAGUACAGGGGCGUGCCCUCUCUGGUACUUCCAUCGGUGAAAAUGCUCCUCGGAGCCCGCUACAUGAGGGUGCAGCCUCAGAUAGAGGCUCAGUUCAAGAAAUGGGACUUUCGCAUGGGGACAGGAACAAUAGGACUGUGAGUGUUUCUCACUCAGCAAAUGAGGAUGAUACAUAUUCUUUUCAAGAUAGUGAAGGGGAAGUUGGGAGGGGCGCUUCCACUGAGGAUGACGGCCUAGACAAAACUCAUGCCAUUCAGGGAAAUUCAUCAGUAAAUCAACUACUAUCACAGCCAUAUCUCCAGAACUUACAAGCUCCGGGUGACCCAUCAACGACACCAUCUAUAUCUAGCAAGAAUGUCACCAAAAAGGAACCAAAGUCGUCUACAAACUCCUCGAAAUUGAGGUCCACAACUUCGAAACUAUUUGAUAAAAAGGGGUCGCAGCCCAGAAGGUACAGCACUAUACCGGAUGAUAUCGAUAUUGAGGAUUUUGACGACGAGCUAAUUUAUUACGACAAUAGUGUCAAAUUCCCUCACCCUAACGAGUCGUCAUCAUUGCUCAACUCGAGCCAGAGAAUUCCGCACUAUCGAUCGAUGAAUUUGAAUUUUCCAAGAACUAAAGGCCAAAGCAAAAGGUUUUUGUCUACUGGGCAGCCGUUGAGCCCCAAGGAUCAAACCACAAACAAAGAAGGAGCACACAUUUUUCCUUUCCCUUAUAAUGAGCAGCAGCACCAAGACUAUUACUACGACAUCGAUGAAUUCGAUCACAAGCAAAGGUAUAGUCCUAAUUUCGAUCUCCCAGAGUUACCUAUGCAUAAAAAGGCUUCACGAAACUUCAGUCCAGUUAGUUACCCGUACAACAAUGGAGCACACAACCCACUUUUUAUAAAUAGAGAACCAGAGAAACGAUCCAAUUGUGUGCGGUCAUUCAUAUACACUCUUGUUUGUAUAUUAGUGGUGCUUACUUUUGGAUUCAUUUUGGGAUUCGUGAUGGCAACCACAAAAGAUUUGACUGCAGUUAGCAUCAAUUCCAUUGAAAACCCAAUUGUUAGCAAAGAUGAACUAGUUUUCAAUAUUGUGGUGGAGGCAUUCAACCCGGGUUGGUUUUCGGUGGAGAUUGGCGAUGUUGAGUUAGAUUUGUUUGCACGAAGCGGGUAUCUCCCCGACGAAGGGGGUGUUGAUGUUCAAGAGAGUGACUCAAAAGUUGAAACAGUGAAAUUGGGUACCAUCCACUUUUUGGAAUCUACCAUGACUUUCAACGGUGGGUUUUUCUCUAGAGAGUCUACUGUUCAGAAAGCAGAGGUUAAGUUACUACAUCCCGGAAAGGAUGUGACGGAGGAAGGUUUUCGCGAUGACGGCGGAGACGAGCUGGACAACACAAAGAAGUGGGAAAUUAUAAGUGAAAAUCCGUUUGACUUAAUUAUAACUGGAGUGUUGAAGUAUGAUCUUCCCUUGGUUUCAAAUACGAAGUCAGUUGUUGUUAGAAAAACCGGUUACAUUGAUCCUACACUAUUCAUAUAG